AUGCUGCCAUCACCGCAUGGAGCAACCCUCAAGGAACCGCACUUGGCAGCAGCGCAACAGCACCCCCCCCAUAGCACCAUCCACCCUCCCUCCGCCUCUGCUCCUGCUCCUGCUGCUGCUGCUGUCCCGAUGGCCCCUCCGCCCCCCCCACCUGUCCGCGCGUCACCCUUGCCUCAGCCUGCCCUGCCUGCUGCCUCUGCACUCCCACAUGCUCGCUCACGGCAGCAGCCAGACGCAGAGGCGCACAUGCACUCCCUGCCACCCUCCGCCCUCCCUCCCACCCAUGCACGCUCGGCCACUGCUGCUUCUGCUGCCUCUGCUGCCGCCGCCGCUUCUGCAGUCGCUGGCCUCAUGCACACAUACACACCUGGGCGCAAGACGUUCCCCCCAUCGCUCUUCCUCCCCCGCACCGACCCUCUCGAUGCCUCCUCUCUCCCCUCCCCCACUCCGCCCUCCCCCCUUAAACGCGCCUCUUCCCCCCCGCAACAACCCCUAUCCCUCCUGGCUGGGGACGAACCCGCUCUCAGCAGCCCCUUGCAGGCCCCCCCUCUUAAAGCCCACUCCGCUGCUCCCCACCUGCAAUUCCCCCCAGGCUUCCCUUCCCCUGGGAAGCACUCAUCCCUCGCCCCCAAGCCAUCCCCCGUACCCUUGCUGCCACCACCACCCCUUGCACGCCCCCUCACAGUCACAUCUACUACGCCUUUCCCUUCGCCUUUCCCCCCACCCAUUGCCCCUGCUCUGCCUUUCCUUGCCGCGCGGCUGCCCCUCCCUUUUGGCCCUUUCCUCCGCCCGCCCAUCCCCGUCGCUGCCCUCUCUCUCCCCAUCGGUAUCUCCUCGCGUCUCCCCCUUGCCUCUCUUUCUUCGCCCGCUGCUGCCGCCGCUGCCGUUGCUGCUGCUGCUGCCAAUCCUGCCCCUGCUGCUUCUGGUAGUAACGUGGGGGUUGCUGCUGUUGCUGGUGGUGCUGGUGGUGUUGGUGUGGGGAUGGGGAGAGGGAAAGAGGAAGAGAGGGAUGAACAGAGUCUGGUGAAACUGAGAAAGGAAGGCGAAGGGGAUGAAUCAGCUAGAGCAAAUGAUCCGAAAGGGGAGGAGCACAGGGCAUCGGUGGAUGGGGAGAAAGCAGGGGGGCGAGAUGAGGUAAAGGGCGAGGAAAGGGAGGGGUCGGCACCAAUGAGUGCUGCUGAUAGGAGCAAGGCAGAGGUAGUUGCUGAUGGUGAUAUGAAGUCAAGGGUGGGCAGGCAGGGGGAGUCGGAGACACCACGUGGUGCUUGUGUGGAGGACAGGGGUGUGAUAGGCGGGGUGAGUGGAGGAGAAGGGCCGGGCAAGGAAGAAGAGUGCAAUGGCCAUGGCGCAGCAGCUGCUGCAAGUGAACCAAAGCCUCUCCACCCAUCAGAACCUUUCUCAGAGUCUUUCCGUGAUGAAGAGGUGGACACCAUGCUUGCCACGAGCUCUCACCCUGCUGCUGUGAGUGCAGCCAGCACUCUUUCUCCCCCGGCUUCUCUGGGGGAGGAGUUGGAGCGUAUGAAGGCAGAGGGUGCAGGUGGCAUGGCAGGUGGUGUGGGUGACAUGGCAGAUUCUGCACGUGGGGCAGCAGGGGGGAUUGAGGGGUGUGCGGACGAGCCUGGUGAUGCUCCCCUGCGGCGACUGGACCUGGACCCCAGGCGGAGAGAGGGGGGCGCUGAGGGGGACGUGGACGUUGGUGCUGGUGGGGAGGACAUGGGCGUUGCUGUUGUUGCGGGUGGAAGGGGAGGGGUGGGAUGGGGAGAGGAGGCAGAGGAGCUGGCAGGAGAGGAGGGAGGACGGGCGAGCGAGCAGAAGCAGGAGGAAGAGCAGGAGGGGGAGAAGGAGGAGGAGGAGGAGGAGCAGCAAGAGCAGCAGUUGGAGCAGCAAGUGGGGGAGAAGGUGGGGGAGGAGCAGCAGCAAGAGCAGAAACGGGAAGGUGAGGCGAGAGGGGAGGGCACAGCGCCAGCGGAGGAGGGAGCAGACGCCCCGCUGUCAGCACCUGCGUCUGCUGCUCUUGCUGCAGCCCUGCUUGCGCCCACUGCCCCCCACCACGCCCCUGUGCGCACUGGGCGCAUCUACACUCGCCGCCGCGCCCGCUCUGGCGCUCGCAGCACCUGGGGGCGCGGGGGGGCUGAUGGCCCUGGUGUAGGGGGGGAAGCGGGGGCUGGUGGGGAAGGGCAGGACGGGGGAGAUGUGGGCGAGGGGUGCAAGGAUGGGGAGGAGGAAGCUGGGCAAGGGGAGGGGGAGGAUGGGCGGGGGGAGGGGGAAGAUGGGCAGGGGGAAGGGGAGGAAGGGCUCAGCAGCAGCGGUGGGGAUGGUGAGGAGGGCAUGGGGCAAGGGGCAAGCGGUGAAGGGGGAAAGGGGCCAGGAGGGGGAGGAAAGGGAGGAAGGGGGGGAAAGGGAGGCGCAGUGAAGCUUGACGCGGUGAGAGAGAGGCUGGUGGGGCGGGUGGCCAAGGGCAGGAGGCGAGGCAAGGGGGGAGGGGCAGCGGGGGCAGCGGGGGCGCUGGGGCAGCAGCUGGCAGUGCGGGCGGCGAUAGCAGAGCGGGCGGCAGGCAGGCGGAGUAGCCUGGCGUUUGGUGCAGAAGUGAGUGUGGAGGGCACGGGCGUGGGUGGGGGGAGAAGCAGAACCCUGGCGGAGCUGGUCGUGGGAAGGGGAAGGGGGGGCGCGCGGGGGAAAGGUAGGGGGGGGAAGAAGGGGGACGGACGGGGGAGGGGGAAAGGAGAUGGGGAUGGGGAUGGGGAUGGGGAGGGGGAGGUGCGGGUGCUGUGGCUGGCGGACUCCAGUGUGGCUCCCCGCCCCAUAGGGGAGGGGGAGGGGGAAGAAGAGGGGGAAGAGGGGGGAGAAAGGGAGGAUGAGGAAGGGGCAGAAAGGGCGAAAGGGAUGGAGGGCAGUGGGAGGAAGAGGAAGCGUGUUGGCAACGGGGAGGAGGCGGGGGGAGAGAGUGGAGAGGAGGAAAAGGAAAUGGGGGAUGAAGGGGGGGCGGGUGACGGGGAGACGAAGGCUGGAGGGCAGCAGGGGGACGAGGGGGGCGAUGGGGACAGGGAAGGAAGUGUGGCAGGCGGGGAGAAUGCGGGGGAGAAAGCAGUGGCGGGAGCAGAGGAGCGAGGGAGUGCGAGCGUAAUUGCAACACUGUGUGACACACUGCUUCCCGGGGAAGAAGAAGGUGACGUGGCAAAGGAGCAGGGCGAGGAGGGAGAGGAGAAGGGGGAGCAAGGGGGAGAGGAUCAGGGGGAGGGUCGGGAAGGGGGAGGGGAGGACGGUGCAGGCAGUGAGGGAAAGAGAGGAGGGCGUGAGGGCGAGGGUGAGAAGAGUGAGGGUGAGGUGGAAGAAGAGGGGGAGGAGAGAAGGGAGGAGAGAAGGGAGGAGAGGGAGGGAGAAAGAGAUGACGUUGCCUGUGCCGCUCCCUCUCCUGCAUCUGCCCUCCCUGCUGCCACUCCUGCGGUUCCUGCCCCCGGUGGGGCCGCCCCUGCCAGCGACACGCCUGCUGCUGCCCUGGUAACCGCAGUGAUUCGGGGAGGUGGGAGUGGGGACGGUGUGAGUGGGGGAGGUGGGGGUAAGGACGGUGUUAGUGGGGGAGGUGGGAGUGGGGACGGUGUGAGUAGGGACAGUGGGAGUGGGGAUGGGGCCGUGGGGGCGCGUGGUGUGAAGAGGAAGGCGGGUGGGGGUGAGGAGGGAGAGGAGAGUGCAGGGCAUGCGGGAGGAGCAGGGAAAGGGUCAGGGAAGAGCCGGCGUGUGGGGGGGGAGGUGCUAGUGGAGCAAGGAGGAGGGCACGAUGGGUCCAGUGGGGAUAGUGGGGCCGGUGGGGGUAGUGGGGCAGGUGGGGAGAAACGGGAGCAGGCAGGAAUUGAAGAAGGUGGUGAGAUGGGUGGUGGAGGAGCGGAGAAGCAAGUGUGCGGAGAGCAAGGCGAGAACGCCGGUGCGGUUGGAAGUGGUGGCGAUGACAUAAAGAUGGGCGGCGCUUUCUCAGAAGGCACGCUUGAUGCGAGUGGGAGGGAGGGGGUGAGAGAAGGUGGGGGGGCAGCGGUGGAGGGUGUAAAGGAAGCAGCAAAGGAGGGUGGGAGAGUGCAGAGUGAGGCAGAGAGGCGGGCACUGGAGCUGCUAGCGAGGCGUGGUCUGGGGGAGGCGGAUCUGAAGGCGCUGGGGGAGAUGCGACUGGGCGUGCCAGUCAACCUGCACAGCCGCGUCCCCACACCCCUCCGCCAGGUGCGCCCAUCCGCCAGGUGCGCCCAUCCGCCAGGUGCGCCCAUCCGCCAGGUGUGCUGCACCCAUCCGCCAGGUGUGCUGCACCCAUCCGCCAGGUGUGCUGCACCCAUCCGCCAGGUGUGCUGCACCCAUCCGCCAGGUGUGCUGCACCCAUCCGCCAGGUGUGCUGCACCCAUCCGCCAGGUGCGCCCAUCCGCCAGGCUGCAGUGCUGCGCAAUGCAUCGCUGGUGCUUGCUUCACCCUAGCCGCCGGUUCCCUUUGCAUUCUCAACGUUCUCCUUCACAACAUUCGUUAAAGCCACAACGGCCUUCUCCUUCUCUUUACCACCUCUCUCCCCCACCUUCCCCCCAUUCCCUCACUUCUUCCCCCGUCCUCCCUCCAUCACUAUCACCACCACCGCAGAGGCACGUGAGUCUGUGGGUGAAUCACCAUCUGAGGGCUGUCCCUGUGUGUGCCAUCGGGCGCAACGACCACACGUGGGCGGCGAUAGCAGCGGGGGUGGCAGCAGAGCGGGCGCUUUUUGCCCAGGCGCCCAACAAGCGCGCCUACCUCUCCCUCUCUGCUCGCGCCCUCGCUGCCGCUCCCACCAACCUCAACUCUCCGUCUUCCUCCUCAAUCCUCGCUGCUGCUCCUGCUGUUGCCUCUGCGGGUUCUUCUGCCAGAGCUGCAUCGUCCCCCACCAAAGCUGCAGGCUCGGCAGCCAGCGUUGUGGAUGAGGCUAGGCCGAUUUCCAUAGCUGAUGCGUUGGCUCGGGCAUCGGUGGCUCGGGCCCUCCGAGCCACUGGCUUGGAUGGGCCGUCACCCCCCGGAUCUCCUAAGAGGGAGGAGGCAGGGCGGGAUAAGGGUCAGCAGGGGGGCGGGGGGGAGAGUACAAGCCCUGUGAAGCCACCUCAACCUGCUGCUGCCGUGCAGACAGGCAGGGGGCGUGACAAUGUGGAGUGUGAUUCCAGAGUGGGUCUGGGAAAGGGUGAAGGGGCUAAGGUCAGCGUGCAGGGAGCGCAGCAAGGAGGGGAGGCAGAGAGGGAGGCAGAGAUACGGAGAGCAGCAGGGAAGAGUACCGGCGCAGCAGCGGGCGAUGGUGGUCAGAAGAGCGAGCAGGGCGAGCAGGGGCGGGUGGAAGGCGCAUGGCAGGGGGGACAGGAGGGGCCGGGGGAGAGGACGCAAGAGGAGGGCGGGGCGAGUGGGGAAGCGAUGGUGGAGGCAGCGCCAGCCCCUGGGGGGGGGGAGGGCGAUGCAGGGGAGGUGCUGGAUGGGGACUGUGGGGCGAGUGCAGGUAUACGCGAGGGGGGUGGAACCCUUGGCAGUGAGUGGAGCGAGGGGCGUGGUGAGAAGGCCUUUCCUGUGGGGCAAUUGGGAACAGUAGCUGCUCACACGUCUGCUCCUCCUCUUGCUGCCACUGCUUCUGCUGUUGCUGUUUCUGCGGAUGCCUGUGGUGCGGGUGGGAGUGGCAGUGAGGGGGCAGGGAGGGGUGCGGUGGGUGAGGGGGGAGGCGGGCCGAGCAGCAGCGCCGCACUGCCAGCUGGCAGCACCACCGUGCCAGCUGGCAGCUCUGCUGAGUCAGCCCAGCAGGGACACGGGAGGAAAGACCCCGUUUUAAACCAGGUGGAGGUGUUUAUCCGCGAACAUCUGCGCCCCUUGGAGCGCAGCGGGGUGAUAAGUGCAGAGCAGCGGCGCUGGGUGGCGAGCAAGGCGGCAGGCAAGGUGAUGGAGCGGCACGGGGGGGCGCGGUCAGCCGCCUUCCUGGUGAAGGAGGGCGAGGACGUGCGGCGUCUGGCAGAGCGCUACCUGCGCACCUACCACGUGCGCUUCUCCAAUGGGGGACCCACGCCCUCCUCCUCCUCCCCGCCCGCCGGCUGA